GCAUGACUACUUCAUUUUCAGGAUAACAAUUUUUUUGUGUAUCUCGGUUAAUUUCUUCUUUCAUAACUGCAUUAUAGGUCGGCUGAUAUGAUAUUUAUAUUUGCAACCCAUCACAUUAAUUUCACAUAUUUUAUCCGGUAAGAGUAUCUCAAAAUUACAGAAGAGUAAUGUAUUUGGAUAUUGGAAAGGUUACCAUUUAAAAUAUGAGCAUGAAAAUAUGAAGAAUCUUUUAAAAAAUAUAGUUAAUUACAUAGCCUACUAUUACUGAGCAAGAUGGGGACUGAAACUAUCUCUUGUCGCAGCUCAAAAACCCCGAGUUUGGUGCGCAGCAGUGGAAAGCAGGGCGGUCUUUUUUUAACAUGGGUGGAGCGCACAGUCAGUCAGGAAAUGUUGAGAAGAGGAGGCAGAGGGAAACUGUCCUCGAGUUGAUCGCAUGGAGGCUGCUGCUUUCACCGGAUGAACUUUAUCAACAUGAACUUCCUCCAGAAGAGCACGCAGGAUGUGAUGUAUGGCUGGCGUGACAUCUGCUUGGUGCCUGAUUGUGCAUGUUAAACUGCUAAUUCAAGAUGCAGGGAGCCAUUGCACGUGUUUGCAUGGUGGUGACUGCCGCCAUUUUGAACCACCCCUUACUCUUUCCUCAUGAAAACACCACGCUGCCGGAGCAAGAUGAGGAUCUGGUGACUCGGAUGCGGGAGCAUGAGGAGAGGCUGGAAAUUGAGAAGGCCAGGCUGGAAAAGGAGCUUGCGCAGUUGGACUCCAAAUUGGAAGAAGCCCCCACGGAUGAAGGUUUCACUUGGUACUUUUGGAGCACCUUGUCUUUCGUGAUAUUCAUUGCCAUCGAGAUGUGCAGAGUAGAUCUUGCUGAGGAUGAAAUUCGUCCAAUUGAGGAUGAAGAUGUGAUAUCUGAGACUGGAUCUGCCCCGCCCAGGAUGAUGGAUAAGAAAGCCUUGAGGAACUUUUGUGACAAAUGCACCUACACCUCAUCCCAUGAAAACUGGAGGGUGAGGGAGUUUGUGGAGGGUUUUGCUGAUGACCUUCUAGAAUCACUCCGGAGCAUGUGUGACAUGGAGGUGGACAUGGAAGUUGGUGAUUUCAUUGGUAUAGGAAGCAUGUUUGAGUCUUGGAAGGUGUGCAAGCCUCUGAUGUGUGACCUUUUAGUACCUUUCUCACCUCCAGAUCCCCAUUCUUUUCAGUACCAUCUGUGGUGCAGCCUUGACAGUGACAUUCCACCAGACAUGCAGGGUUGUGGCACUGUAAAGGUGACCAUGUUUGGGGAGGAGGAGGAGGAGGGCUGCCUCUGUGGUUCUGCCAACCUGGGGGAUGACAUGCUUUGUUUGCUACAUAAUAAGAAUAAGGUGGUCAAAGUGAACCGUAGCCCAGAUGAACUGCUGUGUUCCAGGAGCACUCAUUUCUUAGCAAAAGAUCAAGUCAUGAGGUGGUUUCAGAUCUGUGUCACCAAAGCAUGGGGACACAUCUCCCACAAAUAUGACUUUGAGGUCACUUUUCGCAACCUGGAUUCUGCUGGUGCUCUGAAGAUUCGUUUCCGCUCUGGAAAAGUUGUCGUGCUGAACCUCAUUCCUGUGAUUCAGCUGAAGGACACGGACGCUUAUUUCAUCUCGCACUUUCCAUCAGAUCGCAAUGGUUUGCCAGACCCAUACUGGUCCCUCUCUUUAGCUGUUUAUGAGAGAAAUUUGCUGAAAUAUUUUGCUAAGCGACUACCGCAAAAUUCUUGCCACUUACACUGCCUUCAGGUCGCUACUUUCCUGCACAGAAAGCAGUUGAGUCUGACAGGAGAAUCUGCUCUCACUAGCUACCACUUAAAGACCGCUGUGGUGCACUUGCUGCUGAGCACCAAGACCACUGCAUGGGGCGCAGCCAGUUUGGAGCAACGGCUUCAGGAUGUGUUCAGCUUCUUGCAGAGGAGCUUGCGGGAAAAGAGACUUUACCACGCUCUGAUUGGGAACAGUAGAGUGCCUGAGGACAUCCAGGUUCCUGAGAGAUUCCGCAAAACGGAGCCAGUCAAUCUGUUCAGGUCACUGGUGCUGCAGAGGGAGCUUUAUGCAGUGACCGUUAGGCACUUCCAGGAGAUGCUGAGAAACGCACCUGUUCUUAUAGAAGAGUAUACACCUCACUUACCAAAUGGAAGUUUACACCACACCUUGGAAGACGGCUUAUAAGCACUGACGGAUUUUGUUAUGGCUCAAAAUCCAGAAUGGCAGUACAAGCUUUCACGUUAGUUGCACCCUGGAUGAGUUUUACACACAGUCUAAGAACUAUAAGAACAUAUGCUCAUUCAUUGGUUGGUGGCUGACUCUGAGUUUUACAUAGUUAAGCCAUAAAUUAUUCAUACCUCUUCAAGAUUUAGGUUUCAGGUAAUUAUUUACACCAUUUCUUUUGACUUUGAAGUAAUAUUGAAGUUUUCAAGUGGCAGAGUUUGAGUCCAGAAUUGAAUAUGAUAGGCAACCUGUGGAGGAAGCAACUGAUUAGGGUGAUGGCAAGGAGGACUUUCAAACCCAAAGACCUGGGCUCAUCUCUAAAGAUAAAUAAUAGCAAAUAUCAGUGGAAACAUGUAGAGCUGGUCAGCAGGUAUAUGAAGGGUAUGAUUGCUGUAAUGCCAAUAAAGAUUUUUCUAUUGAUUGAGAAAGGCAUACAUUUUUGGAAUGCCAUUCUUAACUAAAUAUUUAAAAAAACAUCUUCAAAAUUGACUCGUUUUACAAUAUUUUAUUGUUUGACAGAUACCCGCUCAUUUCUUGACAAAUGCACUUUGAAAAUUAUUUCAAAUCUAAAUCCGCCAGGGGUAUGACCAAUUUUGGCCUUAAAUGCAACAUUUAAUGCUCUUAGGAGUGCUGGUCACUCUUAGCUUCUUGAUUUGCUAAGGAUUAACAUUUACAUAUAUUUACAAAAGUUACAUUUUCCCAAAUGCGUUUAGUGGUUGUUGUUCUUUUUAGACAUUAAAGUUAACCAGUGUAACCGAUACUUUGUCAGAUAUUUAGCUCUUUAACACGCUAACAAGAACCUUUUGGUUGUUCUUGCUAAUCCAAAGGCGGCUGUUACAUUUUCCCCUAAAGAGCUGUCAUUUUUAUUGUGGCGCAUCUAUUGUUAUGAUGUCUGAUAUCUGUGCUUUGUUUUUGAUAAACAUACAAAAAAACAGAACAGAUUUUAACCAGAGACAAAAAUAUAUAUCAUUUGUAUAAAAAAAAAAAAAAAGUGCAGAAUUUUGAUUUAGA